AUGUCGGCCACCUUGGUCCUUGGGGCAGGAAAAGCCAAAGAGAAACAUCUGUGCUCCUCUCUUUUUCUGUUUCAGGUGAUCGGAGCCCUUGUCCUCGCGGUUGGGAUUUAUGCAGAAGUUGAAAGACAGAAGUACAAAACUCUAGAAAGUGCCUUUCUAGCCCCAGCAAUUAUUUUAAUACUUUUGGGCAUUAUAAUGUUCCUCGUAUCUUUUGUGGGUGUACUGGCUUCUUUAAGAGAUAAUUUAUGCCUUCUUCAAGCAUUCAUGUACAUUCUUGGUAUCUGCUUGCUGAUUGAGCUGACCGGAGGGGUGGUGGCCCUGAUCUUCAGAAACCAGACAAUCAACUUUUUGAACGAUAAUAUUAGAAGAGGAAUUGAGAAUUACUAUGAUGAUUUAGACUUCAAGAACAUCAUGGAUUCUGUUCAGAAGCACUUUAAGUGCUGCGGUGGGGAAGACUAUAGGGAUUGGUCACAAAACGUGUACCACAGCUGCGCGGCGCCGGGACCGCUGGCCUGCGGGGUGCCCUACACUUGCUGCAUCACAAAUAAGACAGCCAUUAUCAACACUAUGUGUGGAUACAAAACCAUUGACAAAGAGCGCUUGAGUGUUCAGCAUGUUAUACAUGUCCGCGGGUGCACGAAUGCAGUGCUUAUUUGGUUUUUGGACAACUACAGCAUCAUGGCUGGCGUGCUGCUCGGCAUAUUGCUGCCCCAGUUCCUGGGAGUGUUGUUAUCCUUGCUUUACAUAACUCGGGUGGAAGAUAUCAUCACCGAGCACAAGCUGAGCGAAAGACUGUUUGAAGAAGCACGGCAGAGAUCUGCCCCCGAGUUUGCUGGAGCCGGCUGCUGCAUGUGUUACCCGGGGUGA